AUGAAUAUUGAGCCAAUAUUUCCUCAAAGACGUAUAAUUAGAAGAAAGAUAAAUUUUGAUGAGAAUUCAGAUACCCCAUCAGUUGAGCUAUCUGGGGAGGAGUCUUUUAGAGUUACUUACUUUCUUUACCUCGUUGAUCAAGCUGUUGUUUCCCUUGAAAAGAGAUUUGAGCAAUAUCAAGAGUAUGAAAGUAUUUUUGGAUUCUUGUUUAACUUGCGCAAGUUACAAUCAUUGGAUCAUCUAACAUUGUUGUCUUGUUGCAAUAAUUUUGAAGAGGCAAUAAAACAUAAUGAUCAAUCUGAUAUCAAUGGGAAAGAAUUAUAUGUGGAGGUAGAUUUUCUAAGAGGAAUAUUGCCCCAUGAAAAAAUGGGACCUAUUGAUAUGUUAAAUUUUUUGAAGGGCAUAGAUUGUUUUCCUAAUGUAAGUGUUGCGUAUAGAAUUUUAUUGACUAUUCCUGUGACAGUUGCUUCUGCAGAAAGAAGCUUUUCAAAAUUGAAGUUGUUGAAGUCUUACUUGCGGUCCACCAUGGUACAAGAAAGGCUUAAUGGAUUAGCUUUGAUAGCAAUUGAGAACGAUCUUUUGGAGACCAUACAAUAUGAAGAUUUAGUUGACGAAUUUGCUUCCAAAAGCGCUAGAAGAAUAGCUCGUUUUAUGUAG